AUGGCAAAAGCUAUAACAAAAAUUAGUUUACAUAGGAAUGGACGUAUUGGUUCACAUAAGGGUGCAAGUAGAAUACCAAAGGGAGUUAUUCAUGCUCAAGCAAGUUUCAAUAAUACUAUUGUCACUGUUACAGAUGUAUGGGGUCGAGUAGUUUCUUGGUCCUCUGUUGGUACUUCAAGAUUCAAAGGUAUGAGAAAAGGAACGCCGUUUGCUGCUCAAACCGCAGCAACAAACGCUAUUCGUACCAUAGUGGAUCAAGAUAAUGGCUGUAGACCUCCGAAAAAAAGACAUGUGUAG